AUGAGAAAUUAUGUCACUGAUAAUCAGAUUCAAAUUGUAAAAUGAACUUCACGAAGUACAUAGAAAGAAAAAUUUCAUUUUUAGAAAAUAGAAUUAUGUUUGAUAAAAACAAGGAUCAAGAAAGAGGAACAAUAUUCUCAACACACCAAACUGACUCAUGCUCGUCGACUAACAGAUUCAGACGCAAUGGAUGGCUCGAGGUUUCGAACAAGAGGUAUGAGGGUACCACCAUUCGAUAAGGAAAGUUCUAUCUGCGAGAAGCGUUAUAUAUUCAGACUCGUGGUUGCGGAAACGCUUCACAUAGUUGCAUUUCAAUUAUUGCGUCUCGUGGAUACUUUGCCAGACUCUCUAAAACGUGUUCUUGCUCGACGGAGAUUAGGAAUUGUCUACGAAAUCGAUUUUCGAAACGAUGUCGUCUAUCUUGCUCGUGAUUUUAGUGAUUAUCGGAACGUAUGCUAACCCUGUGUUUCGGUCCAACGAUUCGAUCAAUAAAAUCGAUCAAGAUACACCGAGAGAAGAACAAGUCGCGAAUGAAAGUGAAGCGAAUUUCGAACACGUGAUAGUUCAAAAUUCUAACACUAGCACCACGCCAAAACCAAGCCUGCUCGCCUGGUUUUUCACGCCAUUGACUCAGACUCUUCAAAUCAAUCCUCAGACCCUGCAGAACCGUGUUACCCAGCUCAAGGAAGCACUGAGUAACCUUGGAUUUCGAAAUCCCAACGAAAUUUCGAAAGGGAAGCAGCUAAACAACGCAAACAAUUUACUACAAGUCACGAGCGUGACCGAUUCUGGAUUCUAUACCGACAGACUGGAGCCAGCUGGAUUUUUCGGUGGAAAUGGUUGGCUGGCGAACAAGGGUGGAAUCUUAGGCGGACCAGGAGCGAUUCUUUCGACUGGUAGUCUCCUCACGGACUAUCCAACAGCGUAUAAAAAGAAAUAGACAAAUUUUCUAAGAAAUUGUUGAACUAGCACGUAAGAAAGGAAAGAUUGUUUUAUCCUUUGUUUUCGACGGGAAUUUUUUUUUUUAUUUUAUUUCAAUAUAUCAUUACGAAAAUAAAGUCUUCAUAAUAAUCACUAUUUCCCAAAUUUUUAUUUAGAGUAAAUAGCGAGUCUUUCUUUUAUAAGUAAAUGAAAGAGAGAGAGAAAGAGAGUUAAAGGGAAAGAUUAACUGAAACUUCCAUCUAAACGAGAGGAAUAAACUAACAAUAAGUAAAUAAUUCUGAUGGAACAUCGGAUGGAGCACCGGAGAAAAAAGUGGAAAUUCCUUCGAUAACACCGUACCGUAAUUCGAUGAUAGAAAUUGUGGAGAAAACUUUCUAUAAAUGAGCUAAAUAAGUUUUCCAGAAACAACUCUUCUUCGGCAACAUCCAGUUUCUUUUGUAUGCCAAUAAUUUUUGAUAUUAUUAUUUAAUAGUCACAUCAAUCUCUAUAAUCUAAGUUAUUAUUAUAUUGGGAGGAGAUUGUUUUACAAUUUUUGAGAAGAUCGAUUUAUACAUGUUAUUAUAUGGAGUAACAAAAAGUAUAUAUGCAAACAUAUAUAAAAUAAAGUAUAUAUUCUUAUUUUCUAAUAAAGUAUGCUUAUUAUCAGACUCUACGUUCCAUCUUCGUAAUAAGUAA